AUGGAGACCGUAGAGCCUGUCUCUUACGAGUUCCCUGGCCAUGCCCUGGGUCCGUUUGCACACAGACGUCCGAUAGACUCGAGCCAGAGUUUCCCCUUCUAUUCGCAUCAAUCAGCACCAUACUCGUUGCCUUACCAGACCCCGAGUAGCCUGCCUUACAGCUUCGGGCAUUCCGUGGGUCACACACAUGCACAUUCGAAUGCCUAUCAGCAGCAAUACUUUGUCCCGAGUCAGCACCCGAUCCAGCCGCAACCACUGCGUCUUACAACGGAACAACCGUUGCAGUCUCUUCCAGAGAUUCGCCCGGCAAAGAACGCCAUCACCCAGACAGUGAAGUCUACAUCCGACCAUGGUCCCCGGGUGCACCUUUCAACUGGAGGCCACAGUGCACCAGUCGGGGCAACAAACGACACAAAACAAACCCAGGCUGACAUCGCCUUCUCCACCAACGUGGAUGUCCUAAUGAAGGCAAUCCAGUCAAAACAUGCCUCACCAACCCAGCAAUCCCUCCCACCACUACAACACCUGGCACCACCAGUACCACAGGCCUAUCCUGCACCGUACCCGACUGCCUCGCCCACGCCACCGCGCGGCUACCACGGCACCGAAGGCCAGCUCUCGCGCACAGGAAAGAAACGCAAGUACAACUGCAGCCUCCCAGGCUGCGGCAAGAGUUUCGCGCAGAAGACGCACCUGGAUAUCCACAUCCGGGCACAUACAGGUGACAAGCCAUUUAUAUGCAAGGAGCCCUCAUGCGGACAACGCUUCUCGCAGCAAGGCAACCUCAAGACUCAUCAACGACGACACACGGGUGAAAAGCCAUUCCAGUGUGAAAUCUGUCACAAGCGAUUCGCCCAGCGAGGCAAUGUCCGCGCUCACAAGCUUACACAUGAUCAGUCGAAACGGUUCGACUGCCGUCUAGAUGAAUGUGGUAAGCAGUUUACCCAGUUAGGAAACCUGAAGUCCCACCAAAACAAAUUCCACGCAGCAACCCUCCACAAUCUAACCGUCCGCUUCUCGCAAAUGGGCGAGACAGGCCCGAUGAACAUGAACGCCGCAGACCGCGAACUGUGGAUAUAUUUCGCCGGCCUCUACAAAAACAGCAACAAGGGCAUCAAAGGCCGCGGCAAAGACCGCCGCAUCUCAACGACGAAACGCUCCGAUCCACAGAGUAGCUGCGACUCCAUGGAUCGGACGCAGUCCGUCGAGUCUGAAGAGGGCGCUUCGAAAAUGCAGAUGCAGAUGCAGAUGCGGCGCGGGAGCUUCGAGGAUGGCUUCUCGGUUUAUAAUACUUCUAGCAGUGAUGGGGAUGAUGGUGAGCCUUAUUAUAUUGAUCGUAGGGCUCAUGUACAUGCGCAUGGACAUGGACAUGGGCAUGGGCAUGGGCAUUAA